UUAACACAACAACUCAUUGAACAAACUAACCAGCUAUCUCGAAAAUGGCUUCAACAACAAUGAAGAAAACAAUCAAGGCAAUAGCCUUGGUAGCCAUCACAAUGUCAAUGGCCCUUAUCAUACUCAGUUCCAUCAAUAUCAACUAUCAACAACAAGAACAAGAACAACACAACCAAGUUGAUGAAGAAGUCAACAACAAAGAAAACGCGAUGUUUCUCCCUUCUAAGAGAUCAGUAAGCCGGUUCCUAAUCGAGAGCAAGACUUACCAACAACAUCAUAGAAGAAGCUUAAAGCCUGCAGAUCAUUGUCACAAGGACAACGAGGUUUGUGACUUGGUGUAUGGGAAGAAUUACUUCACAUGUUGUGGAAACAAAUGUUUCGAUUUAACAGUCGAUAAGAAGCAUUGUGGAGGAUGCCAUAACAAAUGCAAGUUUACUCAUGAUUGCUGUAAUGGAAAGUGUGUAGACAAAACCUACGACAAGAGGCAUUGUGGGGGAUGCAAUAACAAGUGUUUGGAUGCCCAAUUCUGCGUUUAUGGGAUGUGUGACUAUGCUUAAUUAAAUUAAUUAAUUCAUCAUAUAGUAUAUUAUAUAUGUAUGUAUUAUGUACUAUAAGAUGAUGAUCUUGGCUUAGAUGGCCGGGAAAAUCUUCCGGUGUUUAAGCUAGUACAUAAAUUUUGUUGAAAAUAUGUUCCUUAUA